UUCUUUGUGGCAGAGGCCUGCACGCGAGCCUGCCAUUCACAGCCAGCCAAUCAGAGCGCAGCUUACUAGGCUCUCCCACCCAAUAGCGGGGACGGUUGUUGUUUCGCCCUGGUGCGACCGCGGACAGACAGAAGCAAGUGGACCGGGUUUGAAGCUAAGCUAAUUUAAUCACAUUGCAGCUAGUUCAUUUUGAUUGUUUGUAUCGGCUUCCGUUUGCAGUACGCGCGCGUAUCCGUUAGCGAAAAAUCCGAUGCACCUGUGAAUGUUUCAUCCAGCGGGCUAAGAAGCAAACACGCGCAUUUAUUUAGGCAAACCGCGUCUGUGCUGCUAGCUGAAUUGGCGCCAGUCGUGUUUGACAACAGCCGUUAUUCGGUCACGUUCUCGGUGUUGUUGUUUUUAGCGGCUCUUGAGUGAAACGAGCUCAUUUCCGUUAGCGGGAAAAAAAAUAACAAAUUAAAAAAAAAGCUCACGACAGCUAAAAUAUAAAGUUAAAAAUGGCAGAUUUCCUCGAAGAUCCGUCGGUUCUCACGAAGGAAAAGCUGAAGAAUGAGCUUACAGCCAACAAUGUGCCACUUCCCACCGGAGAGCAUAAGAAAGAAGUGUACGUGCAGCUGUAUCUGAAGAACUUAACGGCGCUAAACAACAAGAGUCCGUCUGCAGACACCUUCUCCAGCGACGAAGAGCUGCCUGCUCCCGUGGUCUCCAACAGGAGUCGAUCUGGAAGAAAAGCAACCAAAAAGACAGACAAGCCUCGCACAGAGGAAGUGGAGGUGACAGAUCUCACUGAUGAAGAUUUAAAACAACAGCUGGAGAAGCAUGGUGUGGCCAUAGGACCCAUUGUUGCCUCCACCCGUAAGUUUUAUGAGAAGCAGCUGCAGAAGCUUCUGGACCAGCCUCCAUCUGAACCUGAAGCGCCUACAGACGUCACAGCUCUCCCCAAAGCAGACAGUAACCAGAACGGCAACACCAAUUCUGACCAGUACAGUGACAAGGAAGAUGAGGAAAUUGCUGCCCCUGAACCAGAACCAGAACCAGUUCCUGUGGUGGAGACAUCUGUGAGGAGCAGAGGGAAAACUCCAGUUACCGUCAGAACCAGCAGCAGACGACACACCAAGGUGGUGGAGGAAAUUCUUACUGAAGAAACUCCUAAGAAGGCCAGCAAGAGUGUUGUUGAAGAUAUUCUUGCCAACGAAAUAAACACACCAACAGGCAUGAGUGCGACCUGCAGGCGUCCGAUCCGAGGGGCCGCCAGUCGACCAUUAAAAGCAAGCGAAUACUGGCUGGACGAGUCCCGUCUGCAGCACAGCGUCCACACCGAGAACCGCUCUUACUCUGAGUCUUUAUCCAGAGCGGGCGGCUCCGUCUCCUCGAGCAAAGCGCCCGCCCGACGAGGCUUCCCGUCUCUGUUGCUGAAGCUCCUGCUCCUUGUUGUGGUGGGUGUUUCUCUCUUCUAUGCCUACCAGAACCUGGAUGCUGACCGCAUCAACACCCUCAAAGGCCUCCUGGACAACGCCAUCGUCCCCCUUCAGGGCAUUGUGAACAACGCAGCCACCUACCUGGGCAUCAGCAGCGGUGCUCCAGAGGGUGCCGGUAAGUAAAGACCCUCAGCAGCCUCUCCCCCACGCCACCUUCCUGCUGCCUGCCACAGCACACCACAACUCACGCAGCAAACUUGGCUCACCUCUUCUCUUUACCUGCGCGGUUGGACAAAGGUUGCAGAUUUAAUUGGAAUGCUGAACUUUCUCCUUUCUGGACUUUGGCUUUCCUCCCACCACAAGAUGAACCGGUAGCUUCUGGAUAACACUGUUUUUAUGGCAGUCAGAAGAGACUCAUUUUAUUGUUGAUUUUAAUCUCUGAAUCGUUUGUGUCUUUGUGUGUAGUUAACCCCUUGUGUGUAGAAACAGGUGAAGAAUGGAGAGGCCAGUUUGUCCAUGCAUGGUUGUAGUUUUUGACGGUCAUACUGUAGUUUCUAACUCUCUGUGCCAGGUGUUUUUUCAGGUGAAGUGCCUGGACACUCUUAGCACGUAGUGCCCUCCCAUUCUCACGCACAAAGCAGUGCUCCUACUAAUGCCAGAAUGUUAGCUGUGUUUCUGUAUGAAUUUCAAGAUUAGCUCUAGAGUUAGGUAGAGUGAUUUAUUCUUUCUAUGGUGCUCAGGUCGAUUCAGCUCAAACGUUUUAAUGCGGUCUGUGCUGGGAGGAGACGCGUGGUGUAAUCAGGUCGCAUCACUGCAUGAGGAAAAUCUGCCCACGUUCAGGUUGAGGUAUAAAAACCUUUUCAAAGGCUGUUGAUCACUGCUGGAGUCAUUGUGUACGGGGCUCUGUGGCUAAAAUUCUGAUUCUGUGGAUUGUUAUCCAGAAUAUUUACUUUUAAAAUCUCUCAUAAACGUCCAUCAGUUGACAAACAAAAUUGUAAAUGAAUAAGUGGAUAGUUUUGAUUAUCUUCCACUUAUUUGACAGUUCCUCCUUAAGGAUGCAGUGUUUGAUCAUGGAUUAUUGAUUAACCAGUCCUGCCAGUGUUUCCAUUUGAGUUUACAAUGCUUUGGGUUUUAGUGCUCUGUUGUGCUUUUCUUUCUGUUCUUGUUAGAUUUCUGAUCCUUCAGUCCUAUAAGCAGGAUUGGCUGUUGCACUGCACCCACAUAGCCCACCUCACUGACUGCAUGUGUCCAGACACAUGGAGGGAGUUAAAUAAUGAGCAAAUUACCACAAUUAAGAGACGGUGUGUUCACCUGCUGGGAGAGGGGAUGUGGUGGUGGUGGGGGGGGGUUCUGGGAUGUCUUUGUUUCUAUUUUGAUAUUUUUCUAAAAUGGUAUGUUUUUAUAGCACAUUUGAAAGCAAUAUGUAAUACAUGAAAGUGAUACUGUAUCUUAAUUUGAACUUUGCUGACUCAACACAAAUGAGUCAUUAACGGGCAGCUCUCCCACAACGGACAAAAACGACGGGUUAUGUGGGUAAGGAUUGUGAAUCUGUUUAUUUAUGAUAAUGUAGGCAGCGUAUCAUAAAAUAAACGUGCUAUUACCAGA